UUUCGAGAUAUAUCAGUAGAAAACAGUGUUUUAUUAUAUAUUGAUAUGAUUUUGGCGAUAUAUUUUUAUAAUCAGAGGGGAGAAGUAUUAAUUAGUAGGAUAUAUCAACAGGAUUUAAAACGUUCGGUUGAGGACGUUUUUCGGAUUCAUAUUCUCUUUAAUAAAGAGAUUGACUCACCUAUUAAUACGAUUGAGUCAAAUACGUUUUUCCAUAUCAAACAUGAGAACAUAUAUGUUGUUGCAGUUACAGGAAACAAUGCAAAUACAUCAUUAGUAUUUGAAUUUUUAUAUAAAAUUAUAUUUUUGCAUGAAGGAUAUUUUAAGAGAUUUAAUGAGGAUUCUAUAAAGAAUAAUUUUACAUUGAUUUAUGAGUUACUUGAUGAAAUUGUUGAUUUCGGAUAUCCACAAAAUACAGAUAUUAAUUCUUUGAAAAUGUAUAUCACAACAAAUGAAUUUAAAUCAGAAAAUGAUAUUAAAAACAAUUCUUCAAAAAUCACUAGACAUGUGAUGGGAACGACUUUUUGGAGAGAAUCAGAUAUAAAAUAUAAAAAAAAUGAAGCGUAUCUUGAUAUUAUUGAAAAUAUCAAUGUUAUUAUGACAGCAAAUACUACUUUAAGAUCUGAUAUUUCUGGUCAAAUUAUUAUGAAAUCAUCACUUUCAGGAGUUCCACAAUGCAAGAUAAGAUUUACUGAUAAGGUGUUUAUCAAUAAUAGUCAAUUGCCUACAACUUCAACAAAUAUAUCCAAGACGGAGAAAAGUGAAUAUAUAACUUUGGAAAAUUGUCACUUUCAUCAAUGUGUUAAAUUAGGAUCUUUUAAUAAAGAUAAAUCAAUUAUUUUUAUUCCACCAGAUGGAGAAUUUGAAUUGAUGAAAUAUCGUGUUACAGAGAAUGUUCGUUUACCAUUCUUACUUUUUCCUAUUAUAAAUGAAAUUGGAAAAACCAAGGUUGUAUAUCAGCUAACUAUUAAAGCAUCAUUUUCUUCAGAUCUUUUUGCAACAGAUGUAAUUAUUAAAAUACCAACACCAUUGAAUACUGCAAAUACGAGUUCUAAAGCAAACAGGGGAAAAACAAAAUAUGAAUCUGCUUCUAAUAAUAUUAUAUGGAAAAUUCCUAAAAUUGCAGGGAAAAUGGAAUAUAUUUUUGCGGCAGAAGCGACUUUAAAAGCAACAUCAGAUGAUAAACAUUGGUCUAAACCUCCAAUAUCUUUAAACUUUUUCAUUCCAAUGUUUACUAGUUCAGGAUUACACCUAAAGUAUUUAAAAAUAUCUGAAAAAGAAAGCUAUAAAAGUGUUAAAUGGGUAAGAUAUAUAUCAAAAGCAGGCAAUUAUGAAGUUAAAUUCUAAAUUAUAAUUAUUUCUAAACUUUUAUAUACCUUAAAUAUUAAUAAAC